CGGCGGGGCGCGGCCCCGAGCCCGGCCGAGCUGCGGAGGGCUGGUGAGGAGCGGCGGGCAGCGCUAUGGCCUUCGCCCGGUGGUGGUACGCCACGCAUGGUGACAAGAAGGCAAGUGAAGCUUCUUCCAAAGCAGGAGAGAAAAACACAGCAGUGGCUGAGAAGAAAGCAGCUGCUGAUGGCCAGCUCCCCAAAACCCAGACCAGUGGGACACCUUCUGCUGCUAAGAAGCAGUUCCCCCCUGUGGAUGCUGCAUCAAAGCCACAAGGGAUGAAGCCAUCUGAGACAAAGCCUGCAGCAGCAGCCCCCCAGAUGGAGCCUGGAAAGAACACAGAGACCCCCAAGCCAAAGGACUCCCAAGGCAAGCAGCUGCCUGAAGAGAGGGGGAAGGAAGCCACUGGGGAGAAGAGCCAGAGCUCCCCUCCAGUGACAGCAGCUUCUGACCCCAAGAGUGCAGCAGCAGUGACAGCAGCUGGAGCUGGGCAGCCUCCACCAGCAGCCUCCACAGGCACAGCACAGCCCAAGCCUGAGAAGCUCUCCACAGCUGCUGGUGCAGGUGGUGCAGCCACAGCCAGUCCCAGCCUGGUUGCUGCAGCUGAUGAGCUGAGUGCUGAGCCUGCCAUGGAUGAGUCAGCCCUGGACAGCCUCAUAGACACCCUGGGUGGGCCUGAAGAUGAUGUGCCUCCUAGUCCUGUCUACACUGGUCCAGAAGUUCUGGAGGACAUCUCCUCAAGGUACUUGGAGGAGCUGGGCAAGCGGGAGGGCAGCCUGCCCCCGGAGUACCUGAAGCUGCUGAAGAGCAAAGUGCCUGGCAGAGGUGGAGUCCCUCCAAAGGCAGCUGAGCAGGAUGAAAAACCCAUGACAGAGGAUGAGCUUGCAGAGGCUCUGUCCUCUGGCUUCACCUGUAGUUGUACUGCUGCUGGAGGGAAGGAGACAGCUCUGGUACAGAAGCCAGGUGAGGAAGGAGAAGUGGUAAAGGCACAAGCAGCAACAUCAGUCAAGACCUCAGCUCCUCCCAAGGAGAAGACAACAAAGGCAGAAGAGGAAAUGAAGGAGGAUGCCAUGGAAGCUCUUCUGGAUACUCUUGGGGGACCUGAGCCUGAACCUGAGCCUGAUCUCACCCCUGUGGUAGAGGUGUCAGAGGCAAAAGCCAAAGAGAAGAAGGAGGAGAAGCUUGGGGAACGAGAAGAGACCAUACCCCCAGAGUACAGAUUAAAGCCAGAGCUGGAUAAAGAUGGAAAACCAAUACUGCCAAAGCCUGAGGAGCAGCCAAAGCCUCUCAGUGAAUCUGAUCUGGUGGAUGCAUUCUCCAAAGAUUUCUGCCCUGCACAGCCUGCAGCACAAACCAAGCCAGAAAAGCCCAGCAGCACUUCCAAAAAGCCCUCAGCUGCCAAGCCCCUUGAGGAUGCAGCAGUUCCUCGUGCCUCGGCUUGCACCCUGCAAUCUUCAGCUCCCUCAUCUGUUGGUCACCUGGAAGAUGAAGCCCUGGAAGCCUUGUCCAGCAGCCUGGGAAAGAGGGAGCCUGAUCCUGAGGAGCAGAAACCUGCUGUGGACAAAGUUAAGGAGAAAAGCAAACAGAAGCAGCACAAAAAGCUGGGUGAAGAGGAAGAAUCCAUCCCCCCAGACUACAGACUGACAGCAGCCAAAGACCAGGAUGGAAAACCUCUCUUGCCCAAACCAGAAGAGAAGUCCCAGCCCAUGAGUGAAAAUGAUCUCCUGGAGGGUCUGAGUGCAGGGUUUGCCUCCUCCCCACCUGCACCACCUCCUGCAGUCAGUAAGAAAGGCAAGAGAGGAGCAGAGCCUGCAGGUUCCUCGGAGGUGAUCUCUGCUGCUGCAGCUUCCUCAGUGCACUCAGCAGCUCCUGCAGCUCCUGCCUCGGGAGGAAAGGAGAUGGACGAAGCCCUGGAUCUGCUCUCUGAUUCCCUGGGGCAGAGGGAGCCUGACCCUGACGAGGGCAAAGCAGUUGUGGAUAAAGUAAAGGAAAAAGCCAAAUCUGAGCAGAGAGAGAAGCUUGGAGAGAGAGAGGAGACCAUUCCCCCUGACUAUAGGAAACUCAUGGAGUCAGGUGAGCAGGGCAAGUCAGGAAAGGCAGCAGCAAAGGAAGAUGACAAACACAAAGGAAGAAAGAAGGCUGCCGAGGCCGCGGCUGCCAUCGACGCCCUGGCAGGGGACUUCGAUAGCUGUGCCCAGGCUGCUGCCACCCCAAAGUGUAGGACAGCAGUGGGAGGGAAGCCACCAGCUCCAAACCCACGCCCAAGGAGAAGGCGAAGCCCAAAGACCCUAAAAAGGCCAGGGGACAGCCCUCCAGCAGCAAACCUGAGAAGCAGAAAACAAGCUAAGCACUGACACCACAGGGGCCUUGGUCCAGGGUCUUGCUCCAGUGCCUUGCUCCAGUGCCUUCUUCUGUGGGUGGAUGACUGCUGCUGAAGAACCAAAGCUGAUGCACAAAGCCUGUGGUUGCUCUGAGUGGUUGCUGCACAGUGGCCCUUGCUGGGCUGCCUUCCUCUUCCCUCCUUCUCCCUGCAGCAC